GAGGUGGGUGGGAGGUGUCUCGGCCGCCUCAGUGGGAGGUGGCGGGCAGUGGCCAUGAGAUCAUAGGGCCUUAUCUGUGAGGCCCCCUCUGCUUCUGCUCUCCCUCUGCCUCCCCGGCUCCAACACGGGAGCGGAGAGCCGGAUGCCAUCACAGCCGGGGUUACCUCAUCCACCCCAGCAGCAGCAGCAGCCCGCUCCCUGAGCUCCUCCCAGUGCAGGGGGAACUUUCAAUGAAUGCACCUCCCCGGCUGUCCUGCCCGCAGCACCAUGUCCUGAGCCCUCUCCGGUCUCCGCAUUUCCAUGCUUUGCUACUAGUUCGCAAUCGCCUGGUGUCAUAGCUGCUGCUCCUCCACAGAGCGGAAGAUGGGAUUGCCCCCACUGGAGUUCAGUGAUUGCUACUUGGACAGCCCGCAGUUCAGGGAGAGGCUGAAAUCGCACGAAACUGAGCUGGACAAGACCAACAAGUUCAUUAAAGAGCUGAUCAAGGACGGGAAGUCCCUGGUGGCAGCGCAUAAAACUCUGUCGUCCGCAAAGCGGAAAUUUGCUGGAUCGCUGAAUGAAUUCAAAUUCCAAUGCAUUGGUGAUACGGAAACUGAUGAUGAAAUCUGCAUUGCCAAGUCUCUGCAGGAAUUCGCUACUGUGUUGGGGAAUCUUGAAGAUGAGCGGAUGCGGAUGAUUGAAAAUGCUGGGGAAGUUCUCAUUACUCCUCUUGAAAAAUUUAGAAAGGAACAAAUUGGUGCCGCUAAGGAAGUGAAAAAGAAAUACGACAAAGAGACUGAGAAGUACUGCAGUGUACUGGAGAAGCACAUGAACCUCUCAUCCAAGAAGAAAGAGGGGCACCUUCAUGAGGCCGACAGCCAGGUGGACCAGAUGAGGCAGCAUUUCUAUGAGGUGUCACUGGAAUAUGUUUUGAAGGUCCAUGAAGUUCAAGAGCGGAAAAUGUUUGAGUUUGUGGAGCCACUGUUGGCCUUUCUGCAAGGACUCUUCACAUUUUACCAUCAUGGAUAUGAGCUGGCUAAAGACUUCAGUGACUUCAAGACACAACUUACCAUCAGCAUCCAGAAUACACGGGAUCGUUUUGAAGGCACACGCUCGGAGGUGGAGGCUUUGAUGGAGAAAAUGAAAGAGAAUCCCCAUGAGCAACAAACCAUGAGCCCAUACACAAUGGAGGGUUAUCUCUAUGUCCAGGGGAAAAGGCACUUUGGGACAUCUUGGGUCAAACAUUACUGUACCUAUCAACGUGACACAAGGCAAAUCACUAUGGUCCCAUUUGACCAGAAGUCUGGGGGGAAAGUGGGAGAGGAAGAUGUAGUUUACUUGAAGUCUUGCAUACGAAGAAAAACGGACUCCAUUGAGAAGAGGUUUUGCUUUGAUGUUGAACUUGUUGAUCGACCCAAUACUUUAACAAUGCAAGCACUUUCAGAAGAGGACAGACGGUUGUGGAUGGAAGCCAUGGAUGGUCGGGAGCCAGUUUACAAUUCAAACAAAGACAGCCAAAGUGAAGGAACUGCCCAGCUGGACAGUAUUGGCUUCAGCAUCAUCCGGAAGUGUAUCCAAGCUGUGGAAACAAGAGGAAUCAAUGAGCAGGGACUUUACCGAAUUGUCGGAGUCAGCUCUAGAGUCCAGAAGCUGUUGAGCAUGUUAAUGGAUCCCAAAAUUACCAGUGAAUCAGAAACUGAGGUGUCUACGGAGUGGGAGAUAAAAACGAUCACAAGCGCUUUGAAGACUUAUUUGAGGAUGCUCCCAGGUCCCCUCAUGACAUAUCAGUUUCAGAGAAGCUUCAUCAAAGCUGCAAAGCUGGAAAACCAGGAAUCUCGUAUAAAGGAAAUCCAUUGCCUGAUCCAUCGAUUACCAGAGAAGAACAGACAGAUGUUGCACUUGUUAAUGAAGCAUUUGUCAAAUGUUGCUGCUAACCAUAAGCAAAACUUGAUGACUGUCGCCAACCUGGGUGUAGUUUUCGGGCCUACACUUUUGCGUCCCCAAGAAGAAACUGUAGCAGCCAUCAUGGAUAUCAAAUUCCAAAACAUUGUGGUGGAAAUAAUUAUUGAAAACCACGAAAAGAUGUUUUCCACCGUGCCGGAGAUGCCACAGACAAACUCCCAGCUGCAUUUGUCUCGUAAAAGGAGCACUGACUCAAAGCCGCCUUCCUGCAGUGAGAGACCCUUAACGCUUUUUCACACAACGCAUUCCACAGAGAAAGAAGAGAAGAGGAACAGUGUAAAUUCAAGUGCAGAGUCCGUCAGUUCGUCCUGUGCAAACAGCUCAGUCAGCUCCAGCUGUGUUCAGCGCUCCAACAUGAAUAAUCUCAAUUCCAGUGACCCCGACCUGGAAGUCAUUAAAGUGAGCAGACCAAAUUCCCUAUUGAACCCGAAAAAUAUAUCAGACCUUUUAUCAAGUUCACUGAAUCCAAGUCCAACAUCACCCCUCACAUGCCCAAUGUUCUCAGCUCCAUCAAGUCCAAUGCUGACAUCAUCAACAUCUAAUGAUUCAUCUCCGACAAGUUUACCAAGGAAAGCAAAGGCCUUGUAUGCAUGCAAAGCCGAGCACGACUCUGAGCUCUCAUUUACAGCCGGCACAGUGUUCGAAAACGUUCAUCCAUCACAGGAACCAGGUUGGCUAGAAGGGACGCUUAAUGGGAAGACUGGACUCAUCCCUGAGAACUAUGUGGAAUUCCUAUAGCUUUAUGCUCUGCUAGUAUUGCAAAGCUUUACAUGGUAUCCAUGACAACUGCUGAUGGUGUUGAAGACUCUCUCUCUCUCUUUGCAUCUGUGAAUUACAGGGUGAAGGACUUUUUCUAACCUAUUGCAGUGAAUGUGUGUGUUAAUAGUAAUGUACAUGUUUCAAAUGCUAUUUGGUGGUGAAAUAUAUACAGAGAUGGAGACAUUUUUAUUUUUAGUAAGGGACCAUUUUAUGUCACUAAUGUUUUAUUGCUAGAAUUCACUGUACCUUUUAACCACUAAAAGUCAACUAUACCUGUACUCUGAACUGCAUUGGAGGCUACUUGGGAAAUAUUAUUAGCAUUUUCUCAUGUUUUUAUUUUAUAUUAUUUUGAAUGCAGAUUUUAAUGCUGCCACACUUGAAUGAAAUGGUUUAUUUUUGCCAAGUGAUUUGAAUAAGGUUACAAAUAUUGGUUCUGCAUUUCCUAAAUAUAAUCUACAUAUGGUUAAUAUUUCCAAAAAAAUUACUAUGUACUCUACGGCUGGCUUUUCCAAUAUGUUCCUUGUUUCCUUGUGUAUAACAUUUUACUAGAGCCUACAAAUGGCAGGGUCCCAGCGGUGGACCUGCUGGUGACUGUAAUGCCCAAUCCAAUGCUAUGUGUUCCCUCUAUUCCAAAGACACUCCCCCCCCCCCCCCCUCCCUUCUCUAUAACUGAAAAACCUUAACGACUCCGUCUUUUGUUUAUAGAAGUCUUGUCAUUCCAGAUUUCAAUAUUGACUGCCAGCUUCUGGUGAUAAUAAGAGCUCACGUUCAGGGUAUGCAAAAGACUUUUGAGACCCUCUUUAAAAGACACUGAAACAUAAUAAAAUGGCACUAUGACAUAAUGUGGACGAUGUUUCGACAUCUAAUUUAAGUUGCCCAUACAGAGGGAAUCCUGACACACUGCCUCGGAGCCAAGUGCUUACUGGCUAAUUUGUCUUUCAUGGAUGGGCUAUGUAGUUAAGUAGGAUGAAAAUUUGAUAGGGUCUUUGUUGGCCCAUUCUGGGGCAGCAAACACGGCAGUAUUGGGCCUAAUUAAGUAAUUGUGUUUUUGGGUAACAUAAGCCAGUGAUGUAUUAUACCACUAACACAUCUGAGCACAUGUAAUGAAAAUCUAAUACUUUACCAUGAUUUUUCAAUGUAAGAAUAGUUGUGUAUUGCUAGGGGAAAAUAGUACAAAAAUAUAUAGCUUUUAAUAAAUUUUAGGCAGUAAUGGAACUUUCUAUUUUUUUAAACAGAUUUUCUAUAUGAAUAGACCAGUAAAAAGUCAAUCAGAUUACAGGUAAACUUCAAUUAGCGGGAUGUGUGUUCAGAGGCUGGUUCUGCUCACAGCCAUUAAGGUGCAAAUAGCAUUUCGUAGUAGCGCGAGCUGCGUCUAGUUGAGUCAGCCUUUUCUCAGGAGUAUGGCGGUAGACAGAGAAACAUUUGGAAGCUGUUGAGAACUUACUUUCCUUUUUACAGGUAUGGUUUUAUUAAUAAUUAUUGAACAAACCAUUGAAUGAAAUUAUAAAAGUAAUCUCUUGAUAUGUCCCUUGCAUAUACCAUUCAGGUCAUACAGUAAUUUAUGAGACGGUUAAAUGAAAGCAAAUGUUGUCAAUUGCUUAUUGCCUAACACAUCUGAAAUAUUUGUAAAUGUGACGCUUUAAGGGUCCGCAGUUAGGACUCUGUUCGUGCAUGGCCUGCAGGGGAGGCUGCUGCAUCCUGUUUCCAUUCUGUUUAAUGUCUGUUGUUGUUUUUUUAACCUUUUUUAAGUUUCAAGUAUUUGGCUUGAUAAAUUGCUGUAUAUUUUGUUUUCCAAAUAUAACGUUGUAAAUAGAGAGUUACAUCAAGUGCUGUGAGGUAAAGUUUUAUAUUUGAUAUUUUUUGUGCACUAAUUCCGCUCACUGGGUAACAUCCACUUUGAGUGUUUUAUAGCGAUGGUUAUUGUAAAGUUCAGAGAAACGUGUAAGCCUGGCUCACUUGUUCAUGGGUCGGUAACAUAAACCAGUGGGGUUGACAUAAUAAUUUGGAACACUGCACUGUAAAUACAUUUAACCUUGCAGUCAUAUAACUCUUUCAUGCCAUCUGAUUUUAUUACUUGUUUUGUUGUACCUUAAGUCCAUUUCACUGGAAUGCAGAGUAAUACCAAAAAUCUAUCUACGAUAAUAAAAUAGUUCUUAUAAAAUAUGUCAAAUUUGCAGUUACUACAUUUAUGUUGCAUCCUCGUACCUAAGGCAGAAAUUUCAUAAGAUCAACUUAUUUUUAUGAGAUUGUGGCCUAUCAAUUCCCUGCUGAACAGAGUGUGAAUAGGGUUCAGCACACAGCAUCGUUGCUUUCAUUUUGUGUGGUAAGUCACUGGUUCUACAGUACAGAGUGAUUCAUGCAAAAUGGCAUCCGUCACAGCUCAUCGGUCCCCUGAAAACUCAUGGGUUCUUAUAGGCAUUGGUGGUUCUUGCAUAUUCAAACUUCAAUGUGUGGAGGUAACACAUGCGCACAAUGUUUUUGCACCAUAUUCUGUAAAAUUAAAUAUAAUUGAAGUUUGUAAUGUAUUUAAUUACAUUUUUAAUUGUAGUUUUUGUUUGUUUUGUUGGGUUGCUCUUCUGUUUAGUAUUUUGUUCACCAUGGUUUAUAGUCUGCCCGAUGUAGUUACAUAUGUGUCUUCAUACAUCUAGCCUCACUACGCCAUGCAACGCUAGAUGCCGGGUCAUGAGUGAGCCGCCAGCUCUCCAGCAACUCUGCCAAUGUUGAGCCUCUUUUUUUUUUUUUUUUAUGUUUGUUGAAAAUGUGCUGGAGACUUGCUAAUUCAUUUGAUAUGACACUUGUAUAUUGUGUGUGACUGAAGGGUCCAUGUACUAAAGCCUUGGAGAUAGAGAGAGUGUGAUGGAGGUAAAGUACUAGCCAAUCAGCUCCUAACUGUCUCGUCACAUCUGUGUUUGCAAAAAUUACAGUUAGGAGCUGGUUGGUUAGUACUUUAUCUCUGUCUACUUUAUCUCUCUCCAAGGCUUAGUACAUAGGCCCCUGAGUCUGUAUAUGGAACAGAACUUGUGUUGGGAAAAAAAAGCUGUGUCUGCUAAACUGUAGCACUACAUAUGCAGAUUCAGAGACUCAGUCACACACAAGUAUCAUAUAUUAUAUUAAUAAGUCCAGUGUCCUUGUGCGUACUAGCCACAUUGAGUUGUGACUGAGAUACAUUUUUCGGCCAAAAAGAUGCCUGACGGUAGAAGAUUCUCCCGUAAUCUUAUGCAUAAUUGGAGCAAAGAUGUAAGAGGACACAUCUGUAUUUCUGUUAAUAACCGAGAAACAGUUUAAUAGAUGGUAACAUACUAAAGAUGGAGCAUCUGAACAAAUGGCCACAUAAAAACAAUGCAGGCUUGUUUUCUUCCAUAAGAAAUUUAAUGUGCAAUUUUCAAUAAUGUUGUUACAGAAAAUGGAACACUAAAGCCCCAUACACACUAGACGAGAAAUAAAGAUAUCGCUCAGAAGGACCAAUCUGAGCGAGAUCUUUUACAAUCUCAUCUAGUGUAUACACUCAAUGUUAUUAACGAUGCGUGCUCCUGCGCAUCGUUAAUGACCGCCUCCCUCGUCCGAAUAUGUACAGACGAGGGAGGUCCUUGCUAACGACAGCAGCGUCGUUCCCCCCUGCUAUUACGCCCCCCCCCGCCCGCCAUUGCUCCCUUACCCGCUGGCAUUGGCAAGUGUGUCUGCACUUGCCGAUGCCGGCACAUCGCCGCUGCCAAUAUCGGCGUCGGCGGGGACUCGUUUAGUGUGUAUGGGCCUUAAGUUGCUGGGUGGUAUUUAUAACAAGACCACUUUACUUCAUUAUUGUACAGUAACAGUCCCAUUGGUUUACAUUGUAUAAAGAAAUUUAGUUUGCCUAGUUUAAAACAGAAAAUAGAAUUUAACUAGUUAUCAGCCAGUCAAAAUGACGGAACAACAUAACAGUAAUGUCAGUGCUGGCAGCUGUGCACCCCACUACAUAGCAACAAUUGAAUUGCUCCAUCAGGCUCCAUAUAGUGGCCGCCAGUGCACAAAACGCUUGAAUUCCCCCCUGUAGAAGUAAGGAGCAGCGUUAGCCUUUUAUUACAUAGGGUGCCAGAAUCCACAAAAUUAGAGUUACUGUAGAUACGGGAGCUAUCCAACUACUGCUAGUCAACAGUUAUGGUCAAAGUAUGCUGGGAGUUGUCAUUUUACAAAGAUCUCAUGUUCUCCUCUCUCUGGUAACCAUUGGCUUAACCCCUCAUUGUUCAUGUACUACACACAUACUUGGGCCGUGACGCUUUCAUGCUAUUCCGUAACAUGUCAUCUACUUUCUAGGGUCAGACUACAGUAUGCCACAUAAACACAUUUACUAACCUCUCAUCUGAUUUUUAUAGCUGUAGCUACUGUAUUGAUUUUAGUUCUCAAUGAGCUAGAUCAUCUAGGCCAGAGGUUCUCAAACUCUGUCCUCGGGGGCCCACACAGUGCAUGUUUUGCAGGUCUCCUCACAGAAUCGCAAGUGAAAUAAUUAGCUCCACCUGUGGACCUUUUAAAAUGUGUCAGUGAGUAAUUAAUACACCUGUGCACCUGCUGGGUUACCUGCAAAACAUGCACUGUGUGGGGUCCUGAGGACCGAGUUUGAGAACCUCUGAUCUAGGCACUCCUGCACUCCCAUUAUUUAUUUACAAGUAGCUUACACCUGGUUUAAAUCAACUUGAACUGUAAAACUGUAUGCAGUUAUAUUUUUGCUGGUAUAAUUAGCUGUCUUUCAGGGUUGUUCCGAGUGGAGUAUGAAACUUAAAGGCAGUUACUGAAAUAUCAUCUUUUUCCUUUGUUAAAUGGUAAAUGGAACAAGUGUGUUUCUUAUUAUCAUUUAUUUUUAUACAUCCUAUAAAUUGUAAGAUUUCAUUUGUGAUGUAAAAAUAGAAUUCUGGACUCUUUAACGCUGCAGGCUGCACUUCCAGGUUAUCACUGACUUGCAUUAUUUCUCUUAUCAGACACAAGUUAUUGUAGUGACGUUUUCUCUCGUGAUGUGUCAGCUAAACCAGACUGCAAAUCAUAAAUCUGUGUCUUUCACUGGCCGGUUAUGAGCAGAUGAUCACUGUAACAGCUAAUCUAGAAGGAAUGUCUGCUGUUUGUUUUUCUGUGGGCACUUCAUAAAUAGUGCUGCUACUAAUUCUAUGGGAUCACAGUUUCUGCAGUUCACUUUAACAGUGCCAAAGUCUGCUUAUUUGUAGUACACUCAUGUGUAUACAGUAUGUGUCAGUGAUCCCAGUCUCUGAUGCGUCUCUUCAGUGUAUUGAUUAGUUACCAAGGGGUCUAUUUACUAAGCCUUGGAUGGAGAUAAAGUGGACAGAGAUCAAGGGGGUGAUUCCGAGUUGAUCGCAGGCUGCAACAUUUUGGAGCCCGUGCGAUCAACUAGACGCCGCGUAUGGGGGAGUGUAGUUUUGCAUAGCAAGGCUGUGAUCGCUUGUUCAGCCCUGCUAUGCAAAAAUGUUUUGUGUAGAACAAGACCAGGGUAAGAGGUAUUACCCUGUGCGAUGAAUACAGCGUUGCAGGUCCCGGAAUUGACGUCAGACAUCCGCCCUCCAAACACCCUGGACACACCUGCGUUCGCCGCACCACUACCAAAAAACGGUCAGUUGACACCCACAAACGCCCUCUGCCUGUCAAUCUCCUUAUGAUCAGCUGUGCGAAUGGAUUCUUUAUUAAAUCCAUCGCUCAGCAACGAUCUGCUUUGUAGCCGUACGACGCGCCUGCACAUUGCGGUGCAUAUGCAUGCGCAGUAGUAACCUGUUCGCUGCGCUGCGAAAAAUGGCAGCGAGCGAUCAACUCGGAAUGACCCCCAAUCGGCCAAUCGGCUCCUAAUUGCCACGUUAUAGACUGUGUUUUAAAAAUGACAGGAGCUGAUUGGCUGCCACUUUAUCUCCCUCCACUUUAUCUCCCUCCACUUUAUCUCCCUCCACUUUAUCUCCAUCCAAGGCUUAAUGAAUAGACCCCUAAGUUUGUUAAAACUUUGCGGCAGGAAGUAUUGAGAUAGGAGUUACAAUUUCAUGCUCGAAUGCCGAGCUCUCAUAAGAACGAUACGUAUGAAGAUUCUGGGUUUACAAAUAUUGUGUGACUUUUACAUUGCCAAAUAAAGGUAUAUACAAUGUACACGUCUUAUUCCAUGAAGCAUUCUUUGAGCAGUGGUUUUCUACCUUGUAUGCCUGUUGUUGUUAUGCCUCUUUAGUUUAUGUACUGUUUCCCUGCUCUUCUGUUCUGUUUUAAAUGUAUGAAAACAAUUACCAAUACAUUGCUUACUACUGAUGUAA